CCCGUUUUAAUUCAAUAAUAAAACCUCAAAAGAAAAACCUCAGUGACGCAGCACUCGUCUCACUCGGGAGAAAGAUGAUGAAGCAAGCUCGCACUUUGCUCUCCAGGAGCCUUUGCAACCAAAGCAGCUCACUUUUCGAAGAAAGCUCUAAGUCUUCGGCGUUUCGUGGUUUCGCAACCUGGGUUGAUUCCUCUACCACUAAACGUGGUAAAGCUACUUCCUUUGCUCUCCUUUUCGUCUCUGUUUUGAGUUUUGCCUUAAUUUGUUUCCCUUUUGUUUUCAAAGCUGAUGCGGCUAAGCCUAGUAGUGGUCGUGUCUUCGCGCCUUACGCUAUCUUCAAAGGAAGAGCUGCACUCUCUGUUGAACCGGUCCUCCCCACUUUCACCAAAAUCGAGCCUGGGAAUCUGAGGAUAGACCGUCGUGGAUCCGUGAUGAUGACAUUUAUGCCUGCUGUUAGUGAGCGCAAGUACGACUGGGAGAAGAAACAGUUGUUUGCUUUGUCACCUACUGAAGUUGGAUCUGUGAUCAGCAUGGGUCCUCAGGACAGCUCUGAGUUUUUCCAUGACCCUUCCAUGAAAUCAAGUAAUGCUGGUCAAGUCAGGAAGUCACUCUCUAUCAAGCCACUCGCAGAUUCUUCCGGCUACUUCUUCCAAUUGAGCGUUACCGACAACAUCCACAACAGUAAUGACCGUAUUGUGGUUCCUGUCUCCAAAGCUGAAUUUGCAGUGCUGAAGAGUGCUUUUAGUUUUGCCCUUCCACACAUCCUAGGCUGGGAUAGGAUAACAGGAGGUGACGUUGGUAUUGCAGCGCAGGGGUUUGCUUCACUUCCAAAGGCUGAUCCGAUGCAGUUGGAGCUGGAGUGGGGUAAAGAGUAAAGACUGAUAUGGGAGUAGCAAUGGAGUAAAUUGACAAUGCAUGUGUUCUUUUUUGCUUUAGUUUGGCGUACACAAAACUUGGCAUGCUCUGUUCUUGGAUCUUAACUUGUCCAACUCUAAGACUACUAAUUUUGGGGCUUCUGCCCGUUGUCAUUAGCACUUCUAUGUUAUUGUGCGGUAAAAGCAUUUUGGUUUUCAGCUUAA